GCUCAGUUUUCAACCUGAACGCAACGUCUGCGGUACUUUCAAGCACCCAAUUCGCGCUGUACGGUCCGGUCUUUGGUUUUCGACGGCACAAAAACCAAUCAAGUUCGCCAGUAACAAAUAGUAAACAAAUACAGCAAAGCGGGAAUAAAAUAUAUAUGUAAAGCAAAAAAGACCUGGAAAGAGGCCACAAUUGAAUGAUAGUGGAACGCUAGCGGAAUUAUGAAAGAAUUGGGUGAAUAAAAGCAAACGGCAAACGAACUGUAAAUACGCGUUAUCUCCUCAUCCUCAUCGAAAGCGCUCAACAGGCAACAGCUGAUUAAAACGCUCUUUCUCUUAAAAGCCAAAAAGAGAAGGCCAAAAACUAAGAGAGUUAGAGAAAGCUAAAGCUGACGAAAACGGAGCAUAAACAUGAACAGCGAUGAGGUGCAACUGAUCAAGAAGACCUGGGAAAUCCCCGUGGCAACACCCACAGAUUCUGGAGCGGCGAUUCUGACGCAGUUCUUCAACCGCUAUCCGUCCAACUUGGAGAAGUUCCCCUUUCGAGAUGUUCCAAUGGAGGAGCUAAGUGAAAAUGCUCGUUUCCGUGCUCAUGCCGGCAGGAUCAUUCGAGUCUUUGACGAGUCCAUCAAGGUUCUGGGUCAGGAUGGUGAUCUGGAGAAGCUGGACGAGAUCUGGACCAAGGUGGCCGUCAGUCAUAUUCCGCGGACCAUUACCAAGGAGUCGUACAAUCAACUGAAAGGCGUUAUCUUGGACGUGCUGACCGCUGCCUGCAGUCUGGACGAGAGUCAAGCGGCCACGUGGGCCAAACUGGUGGACCACGUCUAUGGCAUCAUAUUCAAGGCGAUCGACGAUGACGGCAACGCCAAGUAGAGAGGGUGGAGGAGGCACCUGCAUCAGAUGCAACCGAUUCCGAGGAUGCACCUGAUGCCGGCGGUGGCACUUGCAACACAUGCACAGCUUAUGUAGUUCUAAGUAAUUGAUAAAUGUUAGCUAUUCUCGUUUUGUAAUGAAUGCGAAUGUCCAAAGCAAACCACACACAGUGGCAUCUUAUGUCUGCGUAGAGCUACUCACACACACGCACACCCCACACACACCCCCACUUGCAUUGCUCUGUAAAGCUUUAACCCAUUGUCAGCCUUAAGCACUUGAUAACAAAAAAAUAAAUGAAAUCAGCAAAUAAGAAAUAAAGAAGCUUAUGAAUAAAAUCCA